AUGGCGAAAGACGCUGUGGGCGGCGGAAGGAGAAGAUUACAGCUAGAUAAUCAGGCUGAUGAUAGUGAACUGGAUGAAAUGACAUUCCAAGUGUUGGGUGAACAAUGUGAUAUAUCUAGUGAUGAAGGUGUUGAUGAAAGUGGGGAUGAUUUAGCCGAUGAAAGUGGUGAAGGUGUUGAUGAAAGUGGUGAUGAUUUAGCCGAUGAAAGUGGUGAAGAUUUAGCCGAUGAAAAUGGUAAUGGAUACAGAAAGGUGGAUGAAGAAGACGCUGAAGAUGAAUGUGGUUAUGAAUCUUAUGAUUAUGAUAGUGGGGAUGAUUAUGAUGAGGAACUGGAUGUGGGAGAAGAUUUGAAUGAGGAAGUUUUCAUGGGUAAUGACGAUGACCUUAAAGAGGAUAAUGCUGUUGAUGCUGAAAAUCAAGCUGAAAAUGAUGUUGAUGGAGAAGAAAAUGACUCAUUAGUAGGAGAAGGUGUGGGUAAUGCUGUAGGACAAGGUAGUGGAUUGAAAGGAAAUAUUUCUGGAGUGUAUACAACCCCUACAAGGAGGAGAGAAGGCCCUGCAUUAGCCAGCCCUGUAGUUGGAAUGUCAUUUCCUAGUUGGGAAGGUAUGAAUAACUAUUACCGUUUGUAUGGGGAACAACAAGGAUUUGGUGUAGUCUGUGUAGGGGGAAGAAGUUGUCCCAAAUUAAAACAAGAAAAUGGGAAAUCAAAUUCCCUAAAAACUUAUGUGUGGAGGUGCGAGUGUUACGGAAGAACCACUUACAGGCGCAUGGUCAAUGGGAAAAAAGUGAGUUUGGCCUUGGAUCCACUUGUGAAGAAGAAGUCCAAAAAGUGUAAUUGCCCUGCUAUGUUGUAUGGUGCUCGUGAGCAGGAUAAUAGUUGGGUGGUGAAGAGUGUUGUAAACGAACACGUGAAUCACAAUCCAACACCUACAAAGUCUAAUCAUAUAUCGAUGUAUAGGGUGAAGAAAAUUACUGAUACAAUUUUAAAUCAGAUUGUAAAUGAUCAUGAUUCAGGGGCGCCAAUUACACAGAUUUUCAACAACUUAGCUGGUAGACGGAACGGGGUUGAGAAUAUUGGGUUUACCAAAAAAGAUAUGCAUAAUAUUUUGAAUAAGAGGAUGCGAUUGAGGCUUAGAGACGGAGAUGCUGCGGCAAUGAUAAACUAUUUAGAUAGAAUGACCAAGGACAACCAAAAAAAUUUCCAUCUGCACCGCGUAGAUAAAUCAGGGAAGUUGAGGGACGUUAUGUGGGUUGACGCUCGUAGUAGAGAAGCGUAUAAGUAUUUUGGGGAUGUGGUUUGCUUUGACUCGACCUACCUCACAAAUAAGUAUGAGUUGCCGUUUUCGAACUUUGUUGGGGUAAAUCACCAUGGGCAGACCAUAUUAUUAGGAUGUGCUUUAUUAUCCCACGAAGAUGCAGAGACAUUUGUGUGGUUGUUUCGGUCGUGGUUGUCCUGUAUGGGGGGAAAAGCGCCAGCAGCAAUGAUGACUGACCAAGAUGCUGCAAUGAGGAAGGCGAUUCGGAUAGCAAUGCCAAUGCCACAAACUCGACAUCGCUGGUGCAUGUGGCACAUAAUGCAGAAGUUUAGCCGGAAACUAGGGUCGUUGAAUGAUUUCCCCCAAAUAAAAGUUGCGUUACAGAAUGCCAUAUACAAUAGUUUAACUCCUGUUGAGUUUGAGGAGCAAUGGGCGGUUGCUAUCAAAACAUUUAAACUCGACACAAAGGAGGAGACAAAGAAAUGCUAUAAGUGGCUUGAAGGUUUGUACAACCAGAGAGAAAUGUGGAUACCGGCUUAUGUGAAACAUAUAUUUUGGGCAGGUAUGCAGACUACUCAAAGGGUGGAGAGCAUAAAUAGUUUUUUCGACGGCUACUUGAAGAAGAACACGAGGUUGUAUCAGUUUGCUCCAAGAUAUUGCAAGGCAAUGGAAAGUAGGGCGAAUGAUGAAAGAGCUGCGGAUGUGAACUGUAGUCGUUUCAGUAGACCGUUAGUGGGUGAGUUUGCUGUGGAAAGAAAGUUUCAGAAGAUAUACACGGACGCGAAGUUUGUUGAAGUUCAGCUACAGUGCAUGCGCGUAUGCUAUGUUUCCCCCAUAAGUUCGAAACCGAUUUCUGACGUGGAGGUGGAACACCUUUUAUCAGACAAAGUGUGGGUGUGGUCCAAGUUUCUGAAGAAGGAAAUAUCCUUGUCUGGUAGAAAGCGUACAUAUGUUGUACUCUUCAACAAAGAAACGUCAGUUGCGAAGUGUGAUUGCAAACACUUUGAGUGCCAUGGCAUAGUGUGCCGGCAUAUAAUCAAGGUACUGGACGUGGAGAAUGUGGAAACAGUACCUGCCGCUUAUAUUGUUGAUCGUUGGAGGAAAGAUAUCCAACGUAAGCACACCCUUGUCAAGGUUGCGUAUCAUGAUCCAGAGAAGACUGAGGAAGUUAAGCGAUACGACAAAAUUAUGAAUGCCAUAGAACCGGUUGCUCUGCGUGGUUCCCUCGCAGAGCAAAAAAUGGACAUUGUUAUUGAGAUGAUUCAGAAAACUGUGCUACGUUUGGAUGAGAGCGAUGUACUUACAUCAGCAGUGGGCGAUAACGAAGGCGGUGGUGCUGCUUCUGUUGGCAACAGAAAGAGCAGCGAUGCUCCUCUAACUCCUGGGUCUGUUAACAAACCUCCCAACAGUCUUCUCUGGAUGCUGCCAACAUAG